AUGGCUGGGGGCGGUAUGGUUUCAUCAUCUGGUGGAAAACAAUAUCCUGGAAGAACCACACUGAGGGUUUUCAUAACAUGUAUUGUCGCAGCUUUCGGAGGUCUAAUUUUCGGUUAUGAUCUUGGAAUUUCAGGCGGAGUGACGUCUAUGGAUGUAUUUUUGAAGAAGUUCUUUCCAGAAGUUUACUUGAAGGAGUCUGGCUCCGUUUCUACGAAUCAGUACUGUACAUUCAACAGUCCGGUACUAACACUCUUUACCUCGUCGCUCUAUUUAGCGGCUCUGGUUUCAUGCCUCUUAGCCUCCACUAUUACCAGAGCCUGUGGUAGGAGACCCACAAUGCUCGGCGGUGGAGUUCUCUUCCUCGUCGGUGCACUUCUCAAUGCCUUUGCUCAGAACAUCGGGAUGCUUAUUGCUGGUCGAUUGUUCCUUGGUUUCGGCAUCGGAUUUGCCAAUCAGGCUGUGCCAAUCUAUCUAUCUGAGACAGCACCAUACAAUUGGCGCGGUGCACUAAACAUGAUGUUCCAGCUGGCAAUUACACUCGGAAUUCUUUUUGCUGGUGCAGCGAACUAUCUCUUCGACAUGUUUUUUAAGAACAAUGGAAACCUUGCAUGGCGUUUGAGUUUGGGUGGCGCUGCAGUGCCUGCUCUUUUUAUCAUAAUCGGAUCAUUCUUCCUCCCUGACACACCCAACUCUUUAAUUGAGCGUGGUAAGCUUGAGGAAGCAAAAGCUCAACUCGUCAAGCUGCGUGGUGUCGACAAUGUCGAUGAGGAGUUCAACGAUUUGAAGGAGGCUAGUGAGACUUCCAAGCAGAUCAAACAUCCGUGGACGAUGUUGUUUACGAGGAAAUAUAGACCACAGCUUGUAUUCGCCAUUUUUAUUCCUGCAUUCCAGCAAUUCACUGGCAUGAAUGUCAUCACGUUCUACGCGCCUGUCUUGUUCAAAACUGUAGGGUUUGGAAGCAGUGCCUCUCUCAUUUCUACUCUGAUCACUAAUACGUUUAAUUGUGGAGCAACUCUUGUUUCGAUUUUUACUGUUGACAAGAUUGGGAGAAGGAAACUUUUCUUGGAGGGUGGUAUUCAGAUGUUCUUAAGUCAGGUCAUAGUUGGAGGUUUAAUUGCUUGGAAAUUCGGUACUAGUGGCAACCCUGUUGAACUAUCCAAGGGAUUUGCUGUACUUCUGGUGACCUUGAUCUGCGUCUAUGUCUGCGGAUUUGCAUGGUCUUGGGGACCUCUGGGAUGGUUGGUGCCAAGUGAAAUUUUCCCGCUGGAAGUUAGGUCAGCUGCUCAGGCAGUCAAUGUCUCGGUCAACAUGAUCUUCACCUUUCUUAUAGCCCAAGUGUUCACUAUGAUGCUCUGCCACAUGAAGUUUGGAUUGUUCUUCUUCUUCGCCUUCUUUCUGAUCGUGAUGAGCUGCUUCAUCUACAAAUAUCUGCCAGAGACUAAGGGGGUUCCCAUGGAAGAGAUGGGGAGGGUGUGGGAGCAGCACCCAGUUUGGUCCAAGUAUGUGGUUCAAGACAAAGGCAUAGCCAUGAGCAAUGCUGCUGCACAGAAUGCGUAA